AUGGCUACUAAGAAUGAGCAGACGAGUGCAGAUCAAAGAUCAAGCGAUAUUACAUUAGAAGAAACUAAAGAUAAUUCUAGUACAAAUAGUUCUUCUAAAGCAACAACAACAACAGCAUUACCGGAAAUUGAUUAUAAUAUUGUUGAUGCAUUACCUCCACAAAAACCAAUAGAGACAGAGAAAAAAGACACAAAUGAGAUAGAUGAACACGAUGAAAAAGGAAAGAAAAAAUCAGCACCUGAUCAAAAACCGAUUACAUUAUCUCAAUUAUUUCGUUUUGCUACUUUCACCGAUAAACUUUUAAUGUUAUUUGGAACUGUGGGUGCAGCAGGAAAUGGAGCAUCGGUUCCCUUAAUGACUAUUGUAUUCGCGUCAAUCAUUCAAAUAUUUCUCGAUUUUACCAUAAAAGUACACGAAGAUCCGAAGCGUGCAGAAGAGUUAAGAAAUACGUUAAACGAUGAUCUCCGAAAAAAUUUACUUUAUUUUGUGGCACUUGCAGUUGGAGUAUUUAUACUGGCAUAUAUGCAGUUGGCGUGUUGGAUGCUUGCUGGUGAACGACAAGCAAAGACUAUUCGUCAAUUAUACUUUGCGGCAGUUUUACGACAAGAUAUUGCAUGGUUCGACUCAGUUGCUACAGGGGAUGUUAUUUCACGUAUUUCCAGUGAUGUUGAAGUAGUUCAGGAUGGAAUUUCAGAAAAAUUAGCAGGAAUUAUUCAAUAUAUGACUACAUUUUUUGCAGCAUUUAUUAUCGCGUUUUUCAAAGGAUGGAAACUUGCAUUAGUUUUAUGUUGUAUUUUACCAUUACUUAGUGGUGCUGGCGUUUUCAUGGCGAAAACAUUAUCCUCAUUUUCUACUCGUGGACAAGAUGCUUACGCCGGUGCUGGCACGAUAGCCGAACAAGUGCUUUCUAGUAUUAAAACAAUCGCAGCAUUUGGUGGUCAAGAACGUGAAGCCGCACGUUACAAAAAAAAGCUUGAUGCCGCUUAUGAAAUCGGAAAGAAACAAAGCAUCGUACAAGGUAUCGGAAUCGGCACAAUCAUGUUUAUUAUAUUCUCGACAUAUGGGUUGGCGUUCUUUUAUGGGGCCAAACUUGUGGUCAACAAAGAAAUGGAUAGUGGACAGGUUGUUAAUGUGUUCUUUGCAGUACUUAUUGGCGCAUUCGCGCUAGGAAAUGCCGCACCAAAUUUCGCUAAUCUCGGUGCAGCCAUAGGUGCAGCUACCAAAUUAUAUGCUGUAAUUGAUCGCGUACCUGUUAUUGACGUGACCUCUGAUGCUGGCAAAAAACUCGAUAAGUCAUCGGUAAAAGGACGAAUCGAAUUCAAAAAUAUAAAUUUCCAUUAUCCGUCACGCCCAGAUGUGCCAGUUCUUAAUAAUUUCAAUUUGACCAUUGAACCUGGACAAACUGUCGCUCUAGUUGGCAGUUCUGGCAGUGGAAAAUCAACUAUUGUCAGUCUACUUGAACGUUUUUAUAAUCCCGUGAGUGGACAGAUUAUUUUGGAUGGAGAGGAGCUUCAAUCGAUUAAUAUAAAAUCACUACGAACACAAAUUGGUCUCGUCGGUCAAGAACCUGUUCUUUUCCCUACAAGCGUAAAAGAAAAUGUUGAAUGGGGUGGUGCGAAUGAUGUAAAAAAGCCGACUUUAGAAGAGGUUAUCGCGGCAUGUAAAAAAUCUAAUGUCCACGAAUUUAUUAAUCAAUUACCAAACAAAUAUGAUACAUUAGUCGGUGAAAAAGGUGCUUUAAUGUCUGGGGGCCAAAAACAAAGAAUUGCCAUUGCACGUGCUUUAAUAAAAGAUCCAGCAAUCCUUCUUCUUGAUGAAGCUACUUCAGCUUUAGACACAGAAUCCGAAGCCUUGGUACAAGAAGCGUUAGAUGCCGCUGCAGUAAAUCGUACCACAAUAGUUAUUGCUCAUCGAUUGUCUACCAUAAAAAAUGCUGAUAAGAUUGUCGUCAUGUCCAAAGGAGAAAUCAUUGAAACAGGAACUCAUGAUGAAUUAAUUGCCCGGCAAGACAUCUAUUACGGUUUAGUCAGGGCUCAAGAAUUAAAAACUCAGGGAGAUAAACAUGAAAAAGUUGAAGAUGACGAGGAUGACGAGGAAGAUAGAAGCGAAAAGAUUAGUAUUGAUGAAACAAGAGAAAAACUUGUAAAACGAAUAACAACAAAAGCUUCAUCGAUUCAUUCAGUGGAGGAAAUCAAAGCUGAAGAGGAAAAGUUUAGCAAAUUACCAACACCAUGGCUUCGAGUUGCUAAAUUGAGUCGAUCUGAAAUUGGGUUUAUGUUUAUCGGCUCUUUCGGAGCAGGUGUAAUGGGUACUGUCAUGCCAUUGUUCGCUAUAAUUUAUUCGACUAUUUUAGAAAUUUUCUCGAAAACCGAUCCAGAUGAAUUAAGGCGCGAGGCAAACUUUUGGGCUGGAAUGUUUGUAGUACUUGCUUGUGCUGCAUUUUUUGCAAUUACGGGAUACAGAAUUACUACAAAAAUAAGAGAUAUAACAUUCCGGGCACUUUUAAGACAGGAUAUGGCAUUUUUUGAUGAUGAAAAAAAUUCAACGGGAUCUUUAACUUCGAAAUUAGCAACUGAAGCUACACAAAUCCAAGGAUUAGUCACUAUUUGUGGAACAAUUGUGCAAACAAUAAGCGCUUUGGUUGCGGGAUUGCUGAUUUCUUUUAUUAAUGGAUGGAAAUUGGCAUUGGUCGUAUUUGCAGCAUCGCCUUUAUUGGUAAUUGCUGCUUACCUUGAAAUGAAAGCUCAUGCAGGUUUCGGGGCAAAGACGGCCAAAGCUUACGAAACUUCCGGUAAAGUUGUCCAACAAAGUGUUUCAAAUAUGCGAACAAUUGUAGCAUUGAAUCGUGAGGAAACAUUCAAAGCAGUUUAUAAAGAUUCUAUUGUCGGGCCACAUAAAGCGGCUGUUCGUGGUAUUUUAAUUGCUUCCAACGGAUUUGGCGCGUCACAUAGUCUUCAAUUUGGUGUUUGGGCUUUGGCAUUUUGGUACGGUGGAAAAUUAUUAGGUGAUCAAGAAUACGAGUUGAAACAGAUGCUUACUGUGUUAUUUGCCAUUGUGUUUACUGCUCAACAUCUUGGACAAAUGAGUAUGUUUGCUCCUAAUACAGCUAAAGCGAAAAUCGCCGCAAUUGGCAUUUUCAAAUUGCUUGAUCGAAGAUCACCAAUUGAUCCAACUGAGACUGAAGGAAAAAUAAGACCAGUCCCGGUAUCUGGUGAAUGCGACAUGUCUAAUGUUAAAUUCAGAUAUCCGGCACGACAAAAUGUCAGAGUUCUAAGAGGUCUUGAUGCUGAAAUUCUCGCCGGAAAGAGUGUUGCAUUCGUCGGUCCAUCUGGUUGUGGUAAAUCUACUAUUAUCUCUUUGUUGCUUCGAUAUUAUGAUGUAGAGUCUGGCGCCGUAAAUGCUGAGCAUACAAACGUCCAGGAUUGGAAUCUUGAAUAUUUGAGAUCGAAUAUGGCGUUAGUCGGUCAAGAGCCAGUUCUCUUUGAUUUAACUAUUGGCGAGAAUAUUGCAUAUGGAAAAGAAGGAUGUUCACAAGAAGAGAUUAUCGAAUCGGCAAAACGAGCAAAUAUUCAUAAUUUUACUACAAGUUUACCAGAAGGAUAUGAUACGCCUGUUGGGGAUAAAGGGACUCAAUUGAGUGGUGGACAGAAACAGCGCGUCGCAAUAGCACGAGCAUUAAUUCGAAAUCCGAAACUAUUAUUAUUGGACGAAGCAACAUCAGCACUCGACUCCGAAUCCGAAAAAGUCGUACAAAACGCACUAGAUCGCGCCUCAACAGGUCGAACUACUAUAACAAUAGCGCAUCGUUUAUCGACGAUACAAAAUUGUGAUCUGAUUUUUGUGUUUAGAAGAGGAAAAGUGGUAGAAUCAGGGAAACAUUUGGAUUUGAUUGCUCAACGUGGACUUUAUUAUGAAUUAGUCACACGGCAGACAUUAACUAAAGGGAAUGAGGAUAUGUAA